GUUUUUAAUGAUUCGUCCCGUAAAAAAGUACAGAUCGAAUCCCAAAAUAACAACGUAGAGACGGACAGAGCUUGAGAGUGCACAGUAACAGUCACGCCACCCCAAACCCAACUCCUGCUCCUCCAUCUCCAUCUUCGUCUUCAUCUUCAAGUCGAAUGUACCUUUUGACUUUGAUCGAAACCUCUCUCUCGCUUUGCGUUGCGAGCAGAGAGAGACAUCUGAUCUUCUUCCCUUCCAAAAUAUAUUCUCAUCACUGCUCAAGGUAAUAUGUUCUAAUCCUUCCUUUUCCAUUCUUUAUUACUAGUUACCACGCCCCAUCCAACCUCCUCUCAUUCACGAUGCCGGGCCUAGUCUCCGUUAAGUCCCCGCCGGACUCUACGCCGCUCCGUGUUUCAGUCCCCGAUGCCCAAAGAUCCGAGCCCGUCAACUCUAAACCUCCCUCCCCGCUCCCUAAGAGACUUCCUUCUCCUUCUUCUUCCCGAUCCAAAUUCUCUCCCAGGAAGCCCCCGCCAGAGACCCCCACCCUGGAUCUCAACCCCAACUCCGACUCUGCACUUGACAACCCGGAUCUCGGCCCUUUCCUCCUCAAACUUGCCCGUGACACUAUCGCUUCCGGCGAGGGCCCCACCAGGGCUUUGGACUACGCGCUCCGUGCUUCCCAGUCGUUCGAGCGGUGCGCUACGGCCGACGGCGAGCCUAGCCUGGACCUUGCGAUGAGCCUUCACGUUUUGGCAGCGAUAUACUGCAGCCUUGGCCGCUUCGAGGAGGCGGUCCCCGUCCUGGAGAGGGCGAUUCGGGUCCCCGACCCUCCGAGAGGUGCGGAUCACGCGCUUGCCGCGUUCUCGGGUUACAUGCAGCUCGGGGACACGUACUCGAUGCUCGGACAGGUCGAUAAAUCCAUCGUCUCCUACGAAGAAGGGCUUAAGAUCCAGAUCGAGGCCCUGGGGGAGUCGGAUCCGAGAGUCGGAGAGACUUGCAGGUACUUAUCAGAGGCCCACGUUCAAGCAAUGGAGUUUGAUAGAGCAGAAGAGUUGUGCAAGAAAACUCUUGAAAUUCAUCGCGUGCACAGUGAACCAGCAUCUCUUGAAGAAGCAACUGAUCGUCGGCUGAUGGCUCUCAUAGUUGAGGCAAAAGGAGACUAUGAAACAGCCCUUGAGCACCUUGUCCUUGCCAGCAUGGCAAUGAUUGCAAACGGACAAGACAGUGAGGUUGCUGCUAUUGAUGUCAGCAUUGGCAGCAUUUACAUGUCUCUCUGUCGCUAUGAUGAGGCUCUAUUUUCCUACCAGAAGGCCCUUACCGUUUUCAAAUCAUCAAAGGGUGACAACCACCCUUCUGUUGCCUCUGUUUUUGUACAUCUUGCUGACCUAUAUCACAGAACCGGAAAGCUCCGAGACUCCAAAUCCUACUGUGAAAAUGCCCUGAAGAUAUAUGCAAAGCCUGUGCCUGGAGCUACAGCAGAAGACAUUGCUGGCGGGUUGACUGAGAUAUCUGCCAUUUAUGAGUCUGUGGAUGAGCCUGAGGAGGCUCUGAAGCUUCUGCAGAAGGCAAUGAAAAUGUUGGAGGAUAAACCAGGACAGCAAAGCACAAUUGUGGGAAUAGAAGCACGAAUGGGAGUGAUGUUUUACAUGGUUGGGAGGUAUGAAGAAGCAAGGAACUCUUUUGAGAGUGCUAUAGCAAAACUUAGAGCCUGUGGGGAGAGGAAGUCAGCCUUCUUUGGGGUUGUCUUGAACCAAAUGGGAUUGGCUUCUGUACAGUUGUUCAAGAUAGACGAGGCGGCUGAGUUGUUCGAAGAAGCAAGGGGGAUUCUGGAACAGGAGUGUGGCCCAUUCCAUCAAGAUACCAUUGGAGUAUAUGGCAAUCUUGCGGCAACUUAUGAUGCCAUGGGGAGGGUAAAUGAUGCAAUUGAAAUUCUGGAGUAUGUCCUUAAGCUAAGAGAAGAAAAGCUUGGAAUUGCAAAUCCCGACUUUGAAGAAGAGAAGAGAAGGCUAGCCGAGCUCCUGAAAGAAGCAGGCAGGACGCGAGACAGAAAAGCGAAAUCUCUGGAAAAUCUCAUCGAUCCCAACUCCAAGAAGACGAAGAAAGAAGUGAUGAAGAAGUGGCCUAGCUUGGGUUUUCGAAUUUGAGAAAAAAACCGAUCUUUCUUCCCGAUUCCCAUGUCUUAUUGCUCUCUUACACAUGCACAUUCUGUAGCAUAGAGGAUCAUGUAAAGGGGUUGAAGUUGUAAUUUGGUGAGGUUUUCUGUUUAUUGAUCUUUGAAAUCCCCACUUGUUUUGAUAUGUUAAUUGUUUUGUUCUUUGAGCCUUUUGUCUACCGUAAGGAAAUUUGCCCAUUUGAGUGAAUAAAUUUGAUAACAAUGUUUGCUCCUCAUCA